GGAGACAGUCCACAUCAUAGCUCGUGCGCGGACUGGCGGGAUUUUCUCUCCAGCUACCCCGUGCGCGGACUUUUUCUUCACGGGACCUUCAGCGUGCACGACGGACGGAACUUGCACAACGCCCACCGAACGAGAUGGAGUGCGUGCCGUCCUCGAAGAAAAUAAUCCUCGCUCUGGUCUCGUGCGCUUUGGCUCUCUCAUCGUCGUACGCUGACGCGGACACCGCUAACGUCACCGGCGUGCAUGCCAAGACCCUGUGCAAGGAAGUUGCCUUCGGCUGUCCAUUAGGUUACGAGUGCAGGACGCCCAAUGAAGGCUGCCAGAGCCACUGCGACUGUUAUGACCCUGUAGCCAACGUGUCUCUGCCACAGGGCUGUCCUGUUCACAUCAAGCCGUGCGAGGAGGGACACUUCUGCAUGCCGGACAAGGCCGGCGAAUGCCACACUUGCAACUGUGACACUCCCUGCUCUCAAGCCACGGGUCGCUUCUCGUGCAAGCCCAAGGCGAACCAGGCGUGCACUCGCCGGAUGGCGCGCGGGAGCUGCCCCGUGUGCCAGUGCGAGGAAUGCCCGCCCAGGGUGUGUCCACGUGACUGUUACGUCAUCCAGCUGGACGCCGGCUGCAAGGAGGUGUGCAUCUGCACCGGCAAGGACGGCAUUCCGUUCGCCCUGCUCAACAGCGCCACCUACUCCUAUCAAUAAAGUGGAAGUAAAUAAAUUUGUAUCUCUGCUCAUG